UAAAAACCCGGCGCGCAGAACGGCAGCCGAAGUCCUCGUAUAGUUUGACUAGUCUGGGCUACUGCUUGAACUGAGCAUCAUCUCUCUCUCUCUCUCUCUCUCUCUAUCCCUCCUGUCUACUAUUCUAACUGGAAGGUUGGAAGAGUGUCGCCUGGCAACGCAGGUACAAGAUACGGCUGAAAAGGAGAAGAUUAAAUCCAGACUUCACAUACAGCAUUUGAGAAAUCUGGAAAAGAAGAAAACAUGAAUGCUCCGCACUUUUCCAUAGACUUGCUGCUGUUGUGCAUAUCUUGCGGAGCAAGUGUUUUGGCAGCCAACUCUCCCACCGUGUCCUCGACGCUGCCAGCCACCAAUUUCACCGACCUUGGCUCAGCGUUCAGCUAUGGGGAAGCAGACAGCAAGAAUAUUAUUCUGACCAGGAAGAAGCGUUAUAUUUCCCAAAACGACAUGCUUGUCAUUCUCGAUUAUCACAAUAAAGUAAGAGGGAAAGUUUUCCCUCCGGCAUCUAAUAUGGAGUACAUGACGUGGGACGAGACCCUGUCUAAAUCAGCUGAGGACUGGGCCCACGCGUGUCUGUGGGAGCACGGACCUCGACACCUCCUCAGGUUCCUGGGCCAGAACCUCUCUGUCAGGACCGGACGCUACCGCUCUAUUCUCCAGUUAGUGAAGCCCUGGCAUGAUGAAGUGAAGGACUAUGUGUUCCCUUACCCCCGGGACUGCAACCCCAGAUGCCCCCUUAAAUGCUACGGACCCAUGUGUACACAUUAUACACAGAUGGUUUGGGCCACAACAAACAAAGUUGGCUGUGCGAUACACACCUGUCACAAUAUGAACGUGUGGGGGAACGUGUGGAAACGGACAACAUACUUAGUGUGUAACUAUUCAUCUAAGGGGAACUGGAUCGGAGAGGCACCCUACAAAGUAGGCGUCCCGUGUUCCGCCUGUCCCCCGAGCUACGGAGGCUCCUGUUCCAACAACAUGUGCUUCCCAGCCCUCAACACAAACUAUCUGCAGUGGUUCAAAUAGAGCCAGGAGUCCCUGUCCAGACUAAGGCUGCGUCCCAAAUCACACCCUAUUCCCUAUUGCCAUUUGGUGCUAACCCGCUGACCCCCGACCCCAACACAGAGACUUUCCCGCUUGAAGGAUUUGCACAACAUUCGUGGAAAACACACUUAUUUAAGAUUAAAGCAUACAUUUAUAAUAAAUAAUAAUGUGUACAUAGAAUUCAUG